AUGACCGUCGCUGUGUUGACACGUGGAAUGAAAGGCAUCCUGGUAUUUUCAGUUGUGGUCAUAGUUGGUUUCACUUUAUACAACCCGGUGAUCAUCACGAAGAAGAAAGUAGAGAUCCUGUCGUACCUCGACAAGUUCAUGUGGCGUUCCAAGGUUCCGCCAGCUGCAAUGAAUUCCAGUAAUGUGACUCAGGCUGAGGCGCACAUUGAUCAGCCCAGAGCAGAGCCAACUCCAGGCCCCUGCCAUCCCAACCUGGCUUACAACAGUCUGACCUCCAAGCUCAAGCCAAUCUACAAGGACUUCAUGAUGUACCGACACUGCAGGGAGUUCCCCCUCCUGUGCAGGGCUGCCAGCUGUGAUGGGGAACACACCUUCCUGCUAUUGGCAAUUAAGUCGCUGGCAGAGCAUGCAGACCGGCGGGCAUCUAUCCGCAGCACAUGGGGGCAGGAGCGGAUUGUUGGAGGGGCAGUGGUGCGCCGCGUCUUCCUCCUGGGCCUCACAGAGAGUCAGAUCCGCUCUCAGGCUGUGCAGGCCUUGGUUGACCAUGAGAGCAAGCAAUACAAUGACAUCAUCCAAUGGGGCUUUCGCGAGUCCUUCUUCAACGUCACGCUGAAGGAGACCCUUUUCUGGAAGUGGUUCUCCCAGGACUGCCGAUCUGUGAAGUUUGUCUUCAAGGGUGACGACGAUGUGUUUGUUAACGUGGACAAUGUUGUGGAAUAUUUAAAGGAAUACAAUCCUUCCCAUGAUCUUUACGUCGGGGAUGUCUUCCAAAACUGGUACCCAACGAGAGCAGAGCAUAGCAAGUACUUCAUCCCACUUUUUCUAUACGGCAAAAAACCUUACCCUCCCUAUGCUGGCGGGGGUGGUUACCUGUUGUCUGGAACGUCAAUCUUCAAACUACACAAGGCCGCUGAGGAUGAGGAGCUCUUUCCCAUUGAUGAUGCUUUUGUGGGAAUAUGUGCACAGAGGGCCAAAAUUGAAGUGAUUGCUCACAGAGGCUUCCGUACUUAUGGGAAUAUUCCAUACGACCCAUGCAUUUACCGAGGAUUAAUGGUUGUUCACCGAGUGACGCCCAAUGAAUUAUGGUUGAUCUGGAGCUUGCUAAAGAUUAACAGGAAGCCGUGCAGUCAGUUUACAAGAGUUUCAGUUAAACCAUGA